AUGCCUCCCGCCGUCUACGAGAGUUCCUGCACAAUUGAUGUAGAAUAUUUUCCGUUUGACGAACAAGAAUGCGAAAUGAAGUUUGGCAGCUGGACUUAUGAUGCAUCGCAAGUAAGACCCUGCGUUUUAGUCACCCACAGAUCCUUUGCCAAGUUAGUCGGCCCGAAGCUACUUGUUUUUUCUUUCAUUUUAUUGUCUCGGCCUUUUUGGUAGCUGCUUGCUAUGUCAGUCAGUACUUGGAGAUGGGAGAGUUGAAAUUCUGUGAUGAUAGUUUGGUCCAAUGGUUCACCUGCGUCGCUGUCGCCGAGUUCGUUAUAUUACUGUUUCUGGCCGAUAUUAGCAAAUGGACUGUGGUUGCCUUAUCUUGGCCUGUUUGCAGAUAAUAAAGUAGAAUCCUGUAACUCGGGAGGAGGUUAAUAUACCGCUUUGUUGAAUUGGUAUAUAGAAGCUAUACUUCUGAUAUUACUCGCCUCUCACACCACUGGGAGUUGAAGUUGCCCACAAACCGGAGGCAACCAUCAGGCGCCAGGUCAUGAGAACGAGAAAUCUACUGUCACGGCAAGAGACACCCGAGGUCUUAUACCGGAUCUGGUGCAGUUGUGGACAAAGCGAUUACAUCGAGGAAACUGGAAGGUUAUUCUAAACGCGAAUGGCCGAAAAAACAGUAGUUGGGCUACCUCGUGAAAUGUCAACCGAAAUUCCGAAAUACGUUUUCGUUCCGAGAAUAUUCAUUAAGUAGGGUUGUAAAAUCAAUCCUCUUGCAGCAUAAUUCUAUAAUAAUCCAGUUACCCCGGGAUUCCGGCCUUCGGAUGAGCUGCAAUGCAGAAACUAUACUCUGUAUAAAAUGACUACCUAAGCAGCAUGCAGUUAUAGUUCAUGGAAAACAGGUAUUCAUUCUUUUACUCAUUCAGUAGUAAAUUACGUUUUCUUUCAAUUCGAUAUUCAACGAAAUGGAAGAAUUAGAUUUUCAAAGAGUUCUCCAAUACCCGAAUAAUUUGAAACCCGAUCUGCUGUUACACUUGCAUUCAGGGUCCCAAAACUACAAGCCGUAUAUUUUCCGCGUACGGAAAACUAUACAUUUUUCUACGGUGUUAGGAGGAGAUCAUAUAGGGUUCAAAAAUUUAGCAGAGGAUUUAAGCCAUUUUGUUAACUUUACAAGCCACAUUCGUAAAUGCAGAAACAUGACGUUUUAUGAACGGCCGUUUCCCGGUAUUAAAGAAUCUCACAUUUGGAAACGUUUUGAAAACCGUAUUCUUCCUUUUCGUUGAGUAUAAAAUUGGAAGAAGACGUAAUUUUCUACCGAAUGAGUAAGAGAAUGAAUACUUGUAUACAUGAUUUCCAUGAAAUAUAACUGGAUUUUAGGGGCAUCGAAAAUCGAUGAAAAAAGGCAUGCUACUUAAGCAGCCAUUUUUUACAGAGCAUAUGUUUUGCAUGUAGCCGAAAAGAAGUUCUUUCAAAAGCCGGCAUCCCGGGGUAACUGGAUUAUUAUAAAAUUAUGCUUCAUGAUGAUCAGUUUUACAACCCUACUUAAUUUAUCUUUUCGAAAUGAAAACGCAUUUGAGAAUUUUGGUUGACAUUUCACGAGUUAGCCCACCUACUAUACAGCAGCAGUGAGGAUAAAGAAUGCUAGCUCCCAGAUUCCGGCUCAUUUGACUGGACUGAGCCCCACCUUCCAGUCAGACGAAACCGAAUUUCCCGAGAGAUGUGAAAACCGCGUAAGCCGUGAGCUGCUUGAGUGAUAAUUCGCCGACCAUUAGUCAAUAGCAGCAAACGACCCCCUUCCUCCAUAGUGGGCGCUGCAAUUUGGCCUGCGCAAAAUAAUUAGCCUCGCGGAGAGGGCGUGGCUGACUAACUGUUCCAGUGAUAACGAACCAAAUCGCCGAUUAAUCGUCACGCCAAGAAUCACAACAAUUUCCAUCUUGGGUACGCAUUGACAAGCGGGUAUCGCAUCAUAUACGACCCCCAGCUUCCUGGAACUCACAUCUUCGCUUGUGUCGUCAGUGUGUCAUACUGUCUUCGAUCUGCAUCGACCUGCAAUGUAUUCCCCUUAAAUUCUAACAAUACGGUCUCCUUCAUCAAGGCGUGUUUAGCUUUAUGAGGUUGGCUCUACUCUCCGUGCUGUCCUGUGCUCGCCCGGUCUCCACCAUCGCAACAUGCCUUGUAGUUAAUUCUCGAGGGUACAGCGGUACUGUGUCCCUAGAUUGAGUCACCUAACAAUGAUUCAGCUCUGUAAUCCAAAGACAAGGGCCGCCUAACACUUCAGAUCAUUUGAAUUUCUAAAUUAAAUUUUAUCACACUUUUCCACAGGGCAAUGAAAUGGCACGUUGUCGGAAAAAGCAUGUGGAUCUUGAUAGCUCCAGUUUUCCAGAAUAGCCUGGGGUAUUUGAAGAACGUAUAAUUCGAAUAGAAAGCUACUAAAAUGCCGCUGACAUUGUGUUUCCACUCCCUAUUAUAAAAACCGUACGGAAUACAAGCGCGACUUUGAAGGGACAGAUGAGCGGGAAGGAUAAAAAGGGUGAACCAAGCAAGACUCGAGGACAUUUUCCGACAAAAACGUUCCUGCUUAGAUGUAAGAAAGCCUCCUGGACAUUCCAUCCCUUCUCCUGUUUUGCAACGCGAACCUGAAAACGCUAGGAGCUAGGUGGACUUGUCAAAAAGGCUAACCGAUAAACGGGUUAAUAUGCCUAGACAAUGCGUCAGUAAAACCAUUAGCGACGUGGGUACGCACACCGUCGAGCACAGACAUUUAGCUAAGAAGAUGCCAAAUGCCAAAGAGGAGUGGAACUUUGACGUGCAGGUCAUUGAAAGAAUUGCAAAUGAAAAGAAAUACACGUAAUAAGACUAGACACGGACUAAUGGAACGUCUCUACAUGCCGUAGCUCAGCUCUUUGGGACUGGUAUUUGACAUUUGUGGCACUUAUUCGUAGGCGUUUUGUUUUGUCGUCAAGAGAUUUCCGAAUGAUCUGCGGUCAUCUAAAGGGGUCACUCUGGGCCACUGUAGUUCGUUAGGAAGCAAGUGCGUGCGUACUAGAAAGUACUGAGAAUUAUUCAGUGUUUGCAAACGAAUGGGUCAACAGUCUUCAUGAAAUCCGGACCCGGAAUUAUAGUGAAAUAGAGAGAAGACAUCCCAAUCCGGAACGAUAUUCACAAGCUGAUACACAUGGGCAAUUUAUGAUUCUGGACUUGAUCGAAAAUAGCAAAGACUGGGGGCUUCGUCAAUUUUUGUCCUCAAAAACUGAUUCCUAGCCGUCGAUCAUUGGAAUUUCUUUUGGAACUAAGACUGAGCACUACGAUUUAUGUGUAACGAGACAUAACGGUUAGGAUGUUGAAAAGGGCAUUUUUUCGCCCAAAGUAGAACAUUAUGACAGUGAUAUUUAGGUAGCGGAUCUAAUCUGUACCGUUUGAUUUAAAUGUUAUACCAGAUACUGCUUUCAGUAAUGAAAUAUCAGUACAUAUAACGUAAAGUAUUCGAACGAAGUCCUUUUAUUUAUUUUAUGGAAUUUGGUUGAAGCGUUGACAUUAAUGUCAUUUAUGGUGGGAAAACGGGAAAUUCUAUUCCAAAAUGAAACAUUAGCGGGAAACACUGAUUUCCUGUUCUCAUUUAAAAUGUGUUGCUAAAAGUCAUCGUUUAAUUCAAAAAGGGUACAGUAAACAUGUUCUCUUUGAACUAACAUGCAGGAUGCUUUAAGAACGAGAAUUUUGACGUAUAAAAUAAGAAGAGUUCAGGACAGCAGGAAAAAUUUGAAAAUAACAAUUUAGAGACGCUAUUUGGUCACGACAUAGUUCAACCUUUCCAACAUAUGCUAGAAGUAUAAGAAAUCGAUAGGUCUACCGUUGGCAAACGUUUAAAUUCAGUGAGAAUGAUAAAAAAAACAAGAAAGUGGAGUGCCGCUGGAACUGGCUGAAAGACAAUGAGAAGAGCGUAAAACCCAGUGUGAAAUAUUGCUCACAGAACGCCCAUUUUUCAUCAGAUCGCGACGGGUGGCUAAAACUAAUAUGGAACGAUAAUUAAAACCCAAAACCCCGGAAGACGUCUGACUGACUAUCAACAUCAGCUGUAACGCAGAAUAUUAAUGUAAGCAGGACUAUACUGUGUAUUCGGUUCGACCAAAAAGAGUGGUGGUGGUGGUGGUGGUGGAGGAGGAGUUGCUGAAGUCGUCUGAAAAUGUUACUGGUGAGUGACACCAACAACGAUUAAUCAAUCUGAGUCGGGCACAGGACAAAAAGGCCAAAAAGCAAUGGACUACCUGAUGGACUGAUUUUAAAACAGGACAACGUUAGGCUGCAUGUUGCAUAACGGAUGAAGGAAACUAUAUAACUACUUCGUUGGGAAGUCUUAUCUCAUCCUCCGUGUUCACUACAUAUUGCUCCAUCAGAACCAAUCAUCACUUCCAAUAAUAAAGAAAACUGGAUAAUGUUGCUCAUUAAACGUUAUUUUUGGCACGACCGCGGUAAAAAAAUGAAAUCUAAAUGUUAAUUAUGAGUAGAUUUUCCGUGCGUUAUUCUACGAUAUUUCUGAUUCUCCCUAAUUAUGCGUUUAAAUUUAUUUAUCUUAAUUAUUUUCACUUUAAAAUCUAGCCCAGUUACUUAAUCCUGAGUGAAUGUUUAUUCUACAAUUAUUUAGAGACGUGUGUCAACUUUCUUACUUGGAUAAACAGCAGGAAAGCUGUCUUAAGUCUUUUCAAUCCCAUUUUAUGCAUCUUUUUCGACAUUUGUACCUUCGAGCUUGCGAAUUCUGCACUAAAAUAUAGUGAUCUCCGAAUGCUGCUUUGGGCAAAAAUAAAAUAUAUAUAAUCAUACUAGUGAAAAUGUCACCAGAUUCCACCUCUAACAAUAAAAAUCACUUUUCGGAUAAAUGUACAGAAGUAUAAUAGUCUAUAGAAUGAGCUGAGCGAAGCGAUAUCUCGGGCACUAAUCUAGCCACACUUUUGCCCUUUGCCUCUUGGUUCGACAGGCGAUAAUAAAAUAUCAUGAGUGAACUAUUCGUGACGGAAAAUGCCAAGAUAUACUGACGAUCGGCGAUGUUCAUGAGAAGAAUGCCCAUGUUUAGCUCAUAGACUGCAACUUGUGUUUGUGUCUACUUACGUAAUGACCACUAUGCAGACCACGUGCUCCUCCUAACCAGCUGUUUAAAUGCGUCCAGGCUAGUCCGAUGCCUUCACUUUUGGCAGAAACAAUCGACUUGACCCUCAAAUGCGUAAAUGUAAUCGUGAGGUAUCAUAUCAUUUACUAGUAAUUGGGCUACUUUACACAUUCAUUUCUCAGUUGUUAAGAAAAGUUUCAUCUUCUUCCAUCCUAAAGGUGACACUGGGUUGGUAUUCAGACCAAGAUUUUGUGGAUCUCUCCGACUACUGGAAAAGUGGCACCUGGGACUUGGUAGACGUUCCUGGAAGGAUCGUUAACACAUCCAACAGCGGCAAAAACGCUACCUACAUUAUCUACACUAUCAAACUGCGUCGGAAAACCCUGUUCUACACAGUUAACCUCAUUUUGCCCUGCGUCAUGAUCUCUCUUCUGAGCAUUUGCGUCUUCUACCUGCCCUCUGAUGCCGGCGAGAAGAUCACACUAUCAAUCAGCAUUGUGGUUGCGUUGAUUGUCUUCCUCAUCCUGGUCGGCAAAAUUCUCCCUCCUACCUCUACUUCCAUACCGCUCAUUUCACGCUAUCUCCUGUUCACGUUCCUUUUCGAUGUCUUUGCCGUCUUCCUCUCCGUGGUCAUCGUCAAUUGGAAUUAUCGAACUCCCCGGACGCACACUAUGCCGCGAUGGGCCCGUAUUGUCUUCUUGCGGAUCCUGCCAAGACUGCUGCUCAUGAAACCGCUCCAGCCUCUGCGUGCCUCCUUCGAGGACUGCAACCAUCACACUGAGAAUGUCAUUCACAAAAACCCGUCCACUGGUCGUGUCUGUGACAGCAGUUUUAUGCGGCAGUACCCUUGCCUAGACGCAACGGUCCCCCUCAAAGCCCAACUGAGGGCAGGAUCCAACUCCGUCGUCUCCAUUGCUGAAACCGCCAGCAUUCAGAACAAUGAUGAUGCUUUCGAACAGUCCUUUCUGGAGCCUGGCCUUGUUCCCUUUCUUUUCUCUAGUUCUGAAAGCGAUGCGAUGAUUAGCAACCCCUGCGCCAGUGAGGUUAUCAGUAGUAGCGGCAGUAGCAGCUGUGGUGGUUUUGAGAUAACUCCUAAGAUUCCAUCCAACCCGCAUCUGGCAGAAUUGUCUCAGCACGAUGCUUGUUCAAAGCUGAUACCAACGCCCUAUCGCUCAGGAGACAGCAGUUUCUGCACUACAGGCAAAUCUGGGAAGUCGUCAGCGCAUACUAUGGAAUUCGAAUUGCUGCCUUCAGCUACCUCGGACUCGCAUGAGUCACAUUCCUAUGAGAACUUGAAAUCAUCCUGUUUGACGGCAUCUGAUUAUGAGUCCUCUGAAACGGAGAAUGAGGAAGACUAUGAGUAUGCUGUGAGUGUGCAGAUGAACAGUGACAAAUGCUGUAGCAACAGUAAUGCCAUAUCGGCGAUCUCGGAUAGCGGUGGUAGCAGUGUAUGCAGUAGUGGAGACCUCUUAGAUGCAUAUGCCAGGAUGCAGAAAGAUCCCAGAAUGUUGGAAUACGACAACAUGCAUACGAGAAGUAACACAGAGGUUAAAACAGGAAACAGCCUACUAAUUCCUCUUCCGAGUCAAAGCAACACUGCGGCAAAGGAAAUUAAAAGCAGGCCGCAAAACACCAUACGUCUAUCCCAUUUCCCAGCAGACGCCUGUGGGGAUAAACGGGAGCAGGUUGAAAUUGUUCCUUUGGAUGAGUCACCGCGAAGGAUUGGACAAAGAGGCCUGAAGGCAAAUCUUGAUUCCUCCUCCAAAAACAGUCGAGUCUUUUCGAAGCCUUCGCGAUUAUUGCUAAACGGAUCUUAUUCAAGAGACUAUCACUGGAAUAAACAACCUUGGGUUCAGGAUGGAGCUUUAUCCUUCUCGCAGUCUGUAAGGAAACUGCGGAGAACUACCGUAAAACAGCCCGACGUAGGGAUAAAUAACCCGUUUACUGGCUCCUCCAACAUUCCACGAGGGGAAAGCCUACACGGUAGGCAUUCGCGGGUCCCUUAUGCUGAAGAAAUACCGUUGAAAAUGGAAAUGAGCCAUGUUCAGAUAGGAUUGGCAGCCAUCAACUAUAUUUCAAAAACUCUGGAUGCAGACUGUGAAUAUCGCACAGUAAGUUCGCGGCAAGUCGGUUUUACCCUUUGUACGCAAAGAAACAAGUAUACUGAAUCCGCAAUAAUUGCGCAUUAAGGAGUAGAAUUUUUCCUCUAAUGAAAUUUAUAACCAAAAAUUGAAUGUUCCAAUUAACCAUCUAGCACCAGUGAAGAUUUAAACCAAGUGUUAUUCUAUGCAAAAACUUAAGAGGGUUGAAUACUUCAAAUGUGACCGGAGUUAGGCAGACAGCGAGAAGAAUGGGAAGUCCGAGAUAACACCACAAGCUUCGUCUAGACUCACAUCGAAUUAUUUGUAUCCAACUGGACUAUUUUGCCGAAUGUGAUAUAAGCCCCACUUGAAGGGACGUCGUGCUCGGUUACCAGCUGUAUUUAGGUUCUUUCCAGCCUGUGAUUGGGGUACGAAGGGCUAGCAAUGUCCAGCAAGCCGCAAAUUAGCAUUGCAGUCCCCCUUCUAAUUGUCAGCUUUGCUCUUCGAUCAGCAGUUAUUCCGCGUUAUGAGACCGCUUGUGCGGGUGCACCAAGGAAGAAUGGACGCGUGUGUUAGGCUAUGCUACCAGAUUAAAUCUGUAGGGCAAUCGAAUAGGGACUCCCCGUAAUGCACGCGACCUUGCGCCAAAUUACAGGGAAGUUUGGGUUAGGAAUGAGAUUAAGUUAGGAUUGCGGUGAAGCUUAGAGUUAUGAUUCGUGUUAAUGUUAGUGUUGUCGUUAGGGUCAGGGCACAAAAAUAAGUACGCUCCCUGGAAUUUAGCCCAAGGCCGUCUGCAUUACGGGUGUUUAUAUUCCUCUGUCGCAUAACCGGAUCAUAAUAAGCCAAUUCUUACGGUACGUCGAAUAUUCCAAGGCGCAGCAGGCAGAACGCGAACCCAUACUCCAUUCAAAAGAACAGGAUGCGUUCAAAGAGAGAAAGAAUUAUUAUGCGUUUGCCGUUCUGAGUAGCGAUUUCGUCUAUCCAUCUUCAGACAUGGAAGAUUCCUGCGCGCCGCUCUUAUUAUAUGCAGCAUUCAACCUGGUGCGUAGGUUGUCAAUGCCGACUCCGGGGAUGAUCCGGAAUUCCGUUUCGCCGUCGACAGUGGCAAUAAACGACGGCCCUGAUUGUUUCAUUUCUUCGCUGCUUCCUGUUUACUAGAUUCGUAAAAUCUGAUUCUAAUUCAUAAAGUCACCUCUGAGUGGCACUCAUCGGUCCUUCUAGAUUGUGAAAAAGAAUAAUAAUCAUUCACUUUCGCGUUGAGCUUCGUUGGAGAGCGCGGUGAGGAGUAAUCAACAGCCAAAAAGUCAGAAAUGGCCAUCUCAGGCUAAUUCGUCUUUAUCGGUAUCCCCUCUCUGCAUAGAUAUCACUGGUGGCAAUCUAUGACAACCUCUUGCCUGAACUUCAAAAAACAACGGGACGAGCACACCCGUGAGAGACUCGGUGACUGCAUCUUCCUAAGAUCGUAAUUCAAACGUGUUACCAGACAAAUACAAGCGGGACUAGAACAGCCAUUAAUGGCUCAACUAGAACUCCAAAGAGAUUAUCCUUAUCCCAUUCUACAGUCAGGAGGGAUACCCGAACGUCACCCAUUGUGGCUGUGGCUCAGUGAUUGGGGGUGUUGGGUUCCUAGCGAACAGGUCGCAGGAUCGAGCCCCACCUGUCGCACAUCUCGAGGUGAGGCAUGACUGGCUGACGACGGCUAAUGAGCCAGAAAUGAUCAUUCCAGUCUCCGUUGUCUUUGUAGGUAAUGCUACUCUGUCUAUUUCACACGCCGCUUUACGGCUGCUGGUUGGGCUCAAGAGAGAGCCCCAAGGCACAACGGAACGAGUGAGUUCCGUAACACGAUCGGCGAGCGUCCCUCUACCAUUGUGAAUAUUCUGGAGGUGGGUUCAUAGUUCAGAUAAGUGAGCGUUCGACUCGUGCGCUCAGCGAAUAAUAUACCAGUUUCAAAUCUCUCGUUUUCUUGACGCAGAGUCCAGCGGAAUGCGUUGACCAAUGUCGACUACUCAAGUCGUCCCCUUUUUUCGGGUUUUGCUGUUAAAUCACUUUCCAGAACAGAAGUAAACAAAAAUGCGAUAAUGAACUCCGUCAUCGUCCAUUUGUGAACUCCACGGACUGGGGUUACCUGGAAUUGUUCACGACUUUUUCGAAGUAAAUAAAGAUGACGACAUGCAACUAGACUGUUCGCGGAAAUGAAUGAUUACACGCGCGUUGUUGAUAAACUGCUAAAGUAAAGUCGGUUAGAAUCAAUGAUGCUUUUCGGUAGUCUGGUUACGUUUUUAUGCGCUGCCUAAAACAUGGCGUCUUAUACUAGUCUAAAUUCUGAAGUACUUAAAUCAUAUUUCUUUCCGUACGUUAAUCAACUCAACCGCUGAGGUUAAAAUCAUGCUCUGGGUAGGUUUAUUUGCUUCGGGGAUCUUUAAGGCUGCCAGUGGACCAGAAAGAGCCACACCAGAUAGGCGAUAUUAAAAUGUUCUAUGUCAAUAAUUUCCCUUGAAGCGAAAUGUCUUGGAUCACGGCGGUCAUCUGUUUUAUUUCACUAUCCAAUAUUUAUAUUACUUCGUCCAUGCUUUUCGACUUUAUACCGACCCACAUUAAAUCUCGAUUUCAGAUAGUGCAAGAGUGGAAGUAUAUUGCUUCUGUGAUGGAUCGACUGAUGUUAGUAUUUUUCACCGUGAUCACUCUGGUAGUGAGUGCCAUUCUCCUAACAAGCGCUCCUUCCCUGCUCUCAAGCGUCGAUCAGGAUGCCGUCAUACGGAGGUACUCAGCCAUCAAGAAUGCCUGA